GCAUGCCCUCUCUUCUUUUAUACGCCCUUGGUUAAUAUAUAGAUCUACAUAUAUAGAUCCCUAUUCUUGUCUUCUAAAAUACAAAAAUUGAUUCAGCAUGUUAUAUCUACAGCAAUUAGCAUCAGUUCUAUAUCUGGAUUUUGAGGCAUGACUAAGCAUUCAAGUUAGAGAAUAAUGCAUGACUAUAGUGAUUGGUGUUUUCCCUGUGCAGAGCUGGCUGACGUGGGGGCGUUGCUGAGUCAUAAUAAUACAUGUGUGCAGUUGCAGCAGAUUUGAAGAUUAGAACUGUAGGCUAGUAGCUAGCUGUACAACUACUAGCUGUAUGAAAAAGAGACCAAGCACUCUGACAAAAUGUCACAACACAAAGAACUAGUGCAGCACGUGGAAUCAAAGCCUCUCGAGGUCAACGAAUAUCAUUUCAGUGAGGAUGAGGCUAGAAAGAAGGCAAAAGUCGCUCCACCUGAUCCACCAACAAGCCGUGCUGAGCUUACUGAAAAAAACAAGUUAUGGAAGCGAGAGAAAGCAUCUCUCGUCGAAAAACUUGAAACGUCAGUUAUUGAGGCUCGUAUCUACAAAGAAGACUUGGAGAAUUUAAAGGGAAAAUGUCAGCGAAUGGAAAAUGAUCUUUUCGGUACAAUUGCCAAUGGCUCGAUUCAAACAAAGGAUCAACUGAAAAAGAAAUUUUACGAGGUUGAAGAACUGUACGAUCAGCAAGCCAAGGAUAGGAAGAAGAUGAACGCUCUGGAGUUUCAGUGCAAGGAAGCUGAAAGAAUGAUAAAAAACCUUCGUGAGAAUGUGGACACACUAAUGCAGGAAGCCGAAGACACUAAAACGAGAAGGAGGGAAGAAUACAAAGCACUCAAGAUUGAGAAUCUAAAACUGAAACAUUCACUUGAAGAAUUGGAAAGAGCAACUUCUCAAAAGACAGAAGAAUUGGAAAAUUUUUCGCUUAACUUAAAAGAAAAUGGAAGCCGUGUGCAUGAAACAGAAGUUAAACAAAACUGUGUGGACAAUGUGAUUGAAAAUGCUCAACUGCAACUUGCUACAGAUACACAGCCGUUCUCGAUCAAGACCGAAUAAUACAGCCAUGCACAUGCAUGCAGUAUACGUCAAUAACGAUUUAUUAUUAAAACCAACUCUCAGUGUAUGUGUAUAAUAAUAACUAGCAGCACGCUUCUUUUGUAAGGCAAUUCAGCAGUUCGACAAAAAUUAAUUUUACUGA